AUGGCGCAAGUUCGAUCUCAUCAAUCGGGCUCAUCCUUCGGUUCAUCACCAUCGCGCCAGGAUACAGAAGAUAACUCUAGCAAGGAGAAAACAUCGCUCUUCGGCUCCGUCAAAAAGACAUGGCAGAAAUUGGGCUUGGACAGACCCACCGUUCUCUUGAUGAUGAAGGGCGGUCUUGCACCCACUAUAGCCAUUUCCAUCUGCCAAUCUAAUGUUGUUGCACACGAGUACAAGACCUUGGGCUAUCUCGUACCCGUUGUCUCUAUCUUAGGCUUUGCGAUCAUGCCUCGCGCAAAGUUUAUCCAGAUGAUCAUCUUUGACAUUUUGGCUGUCUGCAUAGCAGCAUCUUUCGCUCUGUUGACAAUGUUCUCCAGUGUCAGGGCACGCCAACACACCGCCAUUGACCCUACUGAUAAAUACAAUUCCUCCGCAUCUGCUGUCAGUGGUAUUUGGCUGUUCUUUCAAAUCUGGAUGGUUCACACCUUCCGCGCUAAAUACCCGCAGCUGCAAUUUCCCGUGAUUAUUUACGCAAUCUUCGCCAAUGUUUCUUCAGUAUACGCUGCGCAAAUGCAGAGCAUGACAGCUGCGUUUACUAUGGUGAAGCAAUUGCUUGCCGCAUUCCUUAGUGGUCUCGGCAUUGCAACAGCAACGUCACUAUUCAUCCUUCCCAUGACUUCACGUCAGGUCGUCUUCAAACAAAUGGCGAGCUACAUUGGUGGGCUUCGCUCAGCCUUGAAUGCCCAUGCUCUAUAUUUUCAAUCACUGGAAAGAGACGACAUGUUUGGUCGCACGGAGACCUACGAUGAAGGCCGUGAGAAGUUUGGCAAGAAGGGAAAGAUCUACAGUCCCGAGGCAGAAGCCAUCCGUGGUGCCAUCCGACAGAUCACAGACAUCCAUGCCAAACUCCAUGGUGAUCUGACAUUUGCGAAGCGUGAGAUCGCAUUAGGAAAACUGGGACCGGACGAUAUUCAGGCCAUCUUCCGUCAUCUUCGCCAGAUUAUGAUCCCGGUUGUGGGGUUGAGCUUCGUGGUGGAUAUCUUCCAGCGACUGUCAGACUAUAACAGAUGGAACCAACCCAUUGAUCUAAACGAGCCCGUGGUCCCAGAGGAUAUUCGACAGCGCGUUGUGCACGAGUGGAAUGAUAUCAUGAGGGCGGUACACGAUCCAUUCGCGGUGAUGAUUCAAACUAUUGAUGAGGGGUUACUACAUACGUCUUAUGUUUUUAGGCUAACCAAGCCACCCAAACGCACAGCUAAAGCGAAAACUUCAAAUGACAAUUCAAUGGAGGAAGGCAACGAUGUGGAGGCCACAGCCGCAAACUCUGCCCCUGGAGAAAAGGCAUUUGUGGAGCAUUAUGAAGAGAAACUUAGAGAAUUUAAAAGCGCAAAGCGCCUCGCUUUGCGGACAUGGGCUGAGGAGAAGGGUGUCACGCUCCCGCCCGACUUUUUUGAUCAUCCUACUUCUCCUGAAAUGUUGAACUCCGAUUUUUUGGAUACCUCCGCUACGCAAAAAGAGCGAAGCCGACGCCAGCUCUAUCUAUUUCUCUAUAUGGAACAAUUGCUGUACUCGACUGGUCAAACCGUGCUCGACUUUGUUCGUUAUGCCGAUCAUGUUGAGGCCAAAGGGAAGCUAUUGAAGACUCGACUCGUCAUUCCUGGCAGUAAGCGAUUGUGGAAGUGGAUCAAGUCCUUCUUGAGCGCGGAGGAUCACGAUGAUGAUAAUAUGGGUGAUAUCCAUACACAAAACAACAUUCUUCAGCUUGGCGAGGCGUAUAAACUUCGCAAAGACCCCGAGCAUCUCCCACCUACUACUUUCUUUGAAAGGAUGGGGGACAAAGUUCGGGUCAUCCCGUGGUUUUUGCGCUCGUUCGAGUCGACUUACGGCUUUCGUGUCGCCUGUGCCACCAUGACUAUUGCGAUCAUCGCGUUUCUACGCCAGACACAGACCUUCUUCACUGCACAAAGAUUGGUGUGGGCCAUGAUCAUGAUCAAUCUCAGCAUGUCCCCCACUUCAGGACAGAGCAUUUUCAGUUUCGUGUUGCGAAUUCUGGGUACAUUCCUUGCAAUGGUGGCAAGUCUUCUGAUGUGGUAUAUCCCAGCUGAAAGGACACCGGGAAUUAUCGUUUUCAUGUUUAUCUUCAUCUCCAUGGCCUCCUAUAUCCCCAUCAAGAUGUUCCGCUUCCGAGCUGUCGGGAUCAUCAGCAUCAUCACUGUAAGCAUGAUCAUCGGUUAUGAGCUCCAAGUUCGCCGAGUCGGUGAGGCAGUCGCGACAUCUAAUGGACAGCUCUUCUACCCCAUCUACCUCUUGGCGCCUUAUCGGCUGGCUGUUGUUGCGGGCGGAAUCGCUGUCGCGUUCAUUUGGACGUUCUUCCCAUAUCCAAUCUCUGAGCACUCAGUCCUACGUCAAAGUCUAGGGGCAUCGUUGUAUCUUUUGGCAAACUACUACUCUAUUAUCCACGAGACCAUCUCCGGUCGCAUGCGUGGUGACGAGGGCGAAUACCUACUCAAAAGGACUUCUGCGGGUCGCAAACUUGAAAAGGCGCGACACAAAGUUUUCUCAAAGCAGAUGCUUAUGCUAGCUGGUUUACGGACAUACUCGGGCUUCCUUCGUUGGGAGGUCCCGGUUGGCGGUCGGUUCCCUAAGAAGCAGUAUGAUGCGAUUAUUGUUUGUGUAGAAAACAUUGUGAACUAUCUCAGCUUGCUGGGCUACGCAUCUGAUACGCUUGUGUAUCUAGGGGAAGGCGAAGAUGAGACAGAUAACUCCUGGAUGGUUGAUUUCCGGCGGUUAAUCAACACUGCCAAAGUGACGACUCACGAGGUCACGUCUUUGCUCUGCCUUCUCUCUGCUAGCAUUACGAACCGACAACCUCUGCCGCCAUAUCUCAAAGCACCCCGUCCAUACAGCUUCGCAAAGCGCCUGCAGGAUCUUGACAGUGAUCUACUUAGUCUCCGGUAUAUUGCCGAACCAGGAUUCGCGGCGUUUGCAGUUUUACAGAUCUCGACCCGCUGCAUUGUCGGUGAUAUGGACAGAUUACUGCGGCUCGUCAAAGACUUAGUCGGCGAAUUAGACUUCUCCUUCCACGCUGUAACCACAGGGGAGUCAAUGGCUGAAUCGCGAAUGCCGUCCCGGGCUGGAUCAAGAGCUGAUUUGACCGAGUAUGCAUCAUCAUCGAGACCUGGUGAUCGGGACAAGAACGAUUGA